CCCGCGAGAUUUUGCGCCGUUUAGCGAAGCGAGUGGGGUGAAAUCUCGGGCGAGCGUGAGAACCAGCAGGGUGAGGAGGAACAAAUAACGUGGAGACCUGAAAAGUGUGUGCACACAUUGCAGAACUUCACAAGAAGGCAGCACGGUAACUUUAAACGACAUCAGUUUCUCCGGGAACGAGAAACUUUUCGUUUAGCGCCACUUUUUUUGCACUUUGGUAAAGUUGAGCUCUGCGCGGCUCGGAGUCCCCCACCUUGGAGCAGAAAGUCGGUCGGUGGUCGGCAGUUGGUCCUGCAGGAAUGUCGCGACCAGAGAAACACGAUUUUUAUCGAGAGGAGGUGAACAAGACGAUAUGGGAAGUCCCGGAGCGGUACCAGAGACUGACCCCGGUUGGAUCCGGCGCCUACGGAUCUGUCUGCUCCGCCAUUGACAUGGAGACCGGUUUGAAGGUCGCUGUGAAGAAGCUCUCUCGGCCUUUUCAGUCCAUCGUCCACGCCAAAAGAACCUACAGAGAGCUGCAGCUGCUUAAACAUAUGAAACAUGAAAACGUAAUUGGCCUCUUAGAUGUCUUCACCCCUGCCACCUCUCUGAAGGACUUCACCGACGUGUAUCUCGUGACUCAUCUAAUGGGGGCAGAUCUCAACAACAUAGUCAAAUGUCAAAAGCUCACCGAUGACCACGUGCAGUUUCUCAUAUACCAGAUCCUCCGAGGAUUAAAGAAGAGUGUUCUGGGUAUAAUGUCUGUGUCCUUCUGUGUUUCAGUGGAUAUUUGGUCUGUGGGAUGUAUAAUGGCAGAACUUCUCACUGGACGUGCUCUGUUUCCCGGCACUGACCAUAUAAACCAGCUUCAGCACAUACUGCGUCUGACAGGGACGCCCACAGCAACUCUAAUGAACAGGAUGCCCAGCUAUGAGGCCAGAAACUACAUCAGCUCCUUGCCACACAUGCCCAAGAGGAGCUUUGCUGAUGUAUUUAUUGGCGCCAACCCACUCGCUGUGGAUCUUCUGGAGAGAAUGCUGGUUCUGGAUACGGAUAAGAGGAUAACGGCAGCUGAAGCUCUGGCCCACCCCUACUUCGGUCAAUACCACGAUCCAGACGACGAGCCUGAAGCAGAGCCUUACGACCAGAGCUUCGAGAGCCGGGAGCUGCAGAUCGAUGAGUGGAAACGAUUAACCUUUGAGGAGGUGUGCAGUUUCCAGCCACCUAGCUUUGAUGAUGAGGAUGACACAGAGUAAUGAGACGCGGCACCAGUUCAACUCAAGCUUUUGACUACAUAACUUAUGCUUUAAAGUCUCAGACACACACCAGCCCUUAUUAGUCUAUUGAGAAAACAUAACCAGAAAAAGUUGUUAUUCUUAUUUAUAAAUGACUUAAUGUUGGUCAGUUGCUGGAAAACGUCCCUUCUCGCCAACAACUAAAAUAGUUUUCUAUUUAAUAUUUAGACUUUAUUUCGACUCCUCACUGUGACGCUGAGAUGCUGAAACACUUUGACCUAUUGCUGUGCUAGUUUUUGUUUUUUGAUUAAUUUAUGGAUGAGCAUUUUUCUGUUAGUUGAAAAAGGAGUUUGCUAGUGAACCACUUCCAAGCAGUUGCCCCCAAUUCUUGAAUUUCUGUGACAGACGUACAUUUCUGUUUUUUUAGGUGUUUGACAAUUGGGACAAUGUGCCUUCUUUGUGCAGUCACUGAACUUUAAUGCUCACCAACUAGAUUUCUCACAUUUUACUGUUCAAUUUGAUUAAUUUAGUUAGAUGAAAUCUGAGCCUUUUCCUAUGUAGGGUUUUAUUAUUAUUUUUUUCACCAAGGCCCAUAAAUAUGAAGAGAAAUCUGCAUAGUACAUGCUUUGCUCAAAUUGUGUAAAUAUAUAUGUUCCAUGUUUUUUAAAAUUUCACACAUGUUCUGAAGCAAUCACUGUUAGCAUGUACGUCAAGACAUUGUGUGUGUUCGCUAGUGUGUUGUUGGUUUAUAUGAAUUCAAGUGUCGUGCCAUAGCUUUUAAUAAAAAUGCAGCUUAAAUGUGUAAAAGGAGGGAUUUGUAUUUAUACUUUGUGGAGCUGGUAUUUAUAAGCAAUCAAAGGAUCCCUUGAGCUAUUUUCAAUUUUGCAGAGUAACUACUGCUUUAAGUCCUUUGUUUAACAAAAUAAAGACUUAUUUCUAAGA